AGGCUUUUAAUCCUUGAAGACGACCACUCAGAAUCUGCUAAACGUUUAGAGGAAAAGUUUGAAGAACUUGAAUCGCAGAAGAGGGAUAUUGAAAUAAAACAUAGGAAGGCUAAAGAACAUGCGACUAGAUUAGAAGAAAAAGAGGCCGAAUUAAGAAAAGAGCUUAAUCAAAUUCACGAACGCUAUACUGAGUUGCUCCGUACUCACGUCGAUCACGUUGAGCGCUAUCAACGAUCAUUGAAGAACGAUUCAAUUCAUAUUCAAGACUCAAAUCCUAAAAAUCAACAAAGCUUUUGUCUACUAGAUCCAUCUCUUCCCGAUUUUGAAUCUUCUAAUCGACACGAUCUGCCUAUUUCUGAUGUUUUUGUACCAGAUUAUACGUUUUCCGCACCAAUUACGCAAGCUGGCAUAAAACUUUAUUAG